AAUAUGAGCUAGGUCCGGAUCCUGUUAGACACCGGCGGGCGCGAGCCGUUGCGGGUACCUGGCGGUGGUUACGUUGGUGACAUGGCUCAGAAGUUUAUUUCUUUAAACUUUUAAGUUUUUUUUCUUUUUAGUCUUCAGAAAGGCAACAGUAGUCUUUUAACGUCACUGUUAAAAGUUUCUCUUUGGGUGAUCGCUCCUUCCCUCUUCAACGGAUCCCUCCCCGCCUCCAUCCUCGUCCUGUGGGAGAGACCAGCCUUCUGGUGCUGCACUCAGGAAUGGAGCUUGACAGCGCUCUGGAAGCCCCAUCGCAGGAAGACUCUUCUUUGUCCGAGGAGUUGUCUCACUCCGCCCUUGGACAGGCCUUCUCCAAGAUUUUACACAGUCUUGCCCGCCCGGAGGCACGACGAGGCAACGUAAAAGAUGUUGUUCUUAAAGACCUCGGUGAUCUAAUAGAAGCCACAGAAUUUGAUAGGUUAUUUGAGGGGACUGGUGCACGGCUCCGCGGAAUGCCGGAGACACUGGGGCAGGUAGCAAAAGCCCUGGAGAAGUAUGCAGCCCCCUCCAAGGAGGAGGAAGGUGGAGGUGAUGGGCACUCCGAAGCGGCCGAGAAAGCAGCCCAAGUUGGGUUACUGUUUCUUAAGCUGUUAGGGAAAGUUGAGACUGCUAAGAAUUCCCUGGUCGGCCCUGCAUGGCAGACGGGCCUGCAUCACUUGGCAGGACCCGUUUAUAUUUUUGCCAUCACACACAGCUUGGAGCAACCAUGGACCACUCCGAGAUCUCGGGAAGUUGCUAGGGAGGUGCUCACCUCACUGCUUCAAGUUACUGAAUGCGGUUCUGUGGCAGGAUUCCUACAUGGAGAAAAUGAAGAUGAGAAAGGGAGACUUUCGGUGAUACUAGGGCUUCUCAAACCCGACUUGAAUAAGGAAUCCUGGAAGAAUAACCCUGCCAUCAAACAUGUUUUCUCAUGGACUCUGCAACAGGUCACUCGGCCCUGGCUGAGCCAGCAUCUGGAAAGGGUACUUCCCGCAUCAUUGGUCAUUUCAGAUGAUUAUCAGACUGAGAACAAAAUCCUGGGUGUACACUGUCUCCAUCACAUUGUGCUUAAUGUGCCAGCUGCUGAUUUGCUCCAGUAUAACAGAGCCCAGGUCCUAUACCAUGCCAUUUCCAACCACCUGUACACGCCAGAGCACCACCUCAUUCAGGCUGUGCUCCCGUGUCUGCUGGAUUUAUUCCCCAUCCUGGAGAAAACCCUGCACUGGAAAGGAGAUGGAGCUCGACCCACCACCCAUUGUGAUGAGGUCCUGCGGCUGAUCCUGACCCACAUGGAGCCAGAGCACCGCCUUCUUCUACGCAGGACCUACGCAAGAAACCUGCCGGCUUUCGUGAACAGGUUGGGGAUCCUAACUGUCCGGCACUUAAAGAGGCUGGAGAGAGUCAUCAUUGGUUAUCUGGAGGUUUAUGAUGGACCUGAGGAGGAAGCUAGACUGAAGAUAUUGGAAACCCUAAAACUUCUCAUGCAACAUACUUGGCCCAGAGUUUCCUGCAGACUUGUGGUCUUACUGAAGGCCCUCUUGAAACUGAUUUGUGAUGUAGCAAGGGAUCCAAACCUUACACCUGAGUCUGUUAAGAGCGCCCUGCUACAGGAGGCCACAGACUGCCUGAUUCUCCUGGACCGCUGUUCUCAAGGACGGGUAAAGGGUCUCCUGGCCAAAAUUCCCCAAAGCUGUGAAGACAGAAAAGUGGUGAACUGUAUCAGAAAAGUGCAGCAGGUUUCUGAAGGCGCACCCUACGAUGGAACUUAAGACUUGUAUUACUUUCCCAAGAGGAAAGGAUUUUCUUCCCAUCCCAAUUUGUAUGAAUGGAGUUAUUUAAGAAAAAAAGAUAUUUUUACACGAAA